AUGAAUAUCUACAUCAUUUUGUCUGCUGGUCUUGGAGUUCUUGCUUCGGUCCAUGCCCGUGAUCCAACGCAACCAGCCAACAAGUACAUUGAUUUCAGCAAGUUAACUCGUCCCCCGUCUGCCGCAAUCGACAGGAAUAUGUCGAUACAUCCGACGAGGCCAGACCCUCGGCAACCAGACGAGCCGACAUCAACAUUCCCCCCAGCAUCUACCAAGACAGCAGACCCUGGUCCAUGGGUAACGAAGACCAUCGGUCACGAUGAGAUUAAACCGUUCCCUCAACCUGAUCCAGUCACGAUUUCAGAGAAAGCAGGCGUCAAAUUUAAACCUCAGAUCCAAAUUCGGACGGGAUGUGUGCCGUACCCAGUCGUUAACGAAUUCGGGGAGACCAGCGGCGGUCUUCAAACCUCUGGUAGUCCGAGGGGUGGGUGUCGAGGCUCGGUUCACGGCUCCCAGGUCUACGGCCGCUCGGCGUGGAUCAAUGGCUUUUGGGCAAUCAUGUACUCGUGGUAUUUUCCAAAAGAUUCUCCAUCGUCUCGCAUGGGCCACCGUCACGACUGGGAAUUCGCUGUUGUGUUCAUCGACAAUCCCGGCAUACCGGAACCGAAGAUUAUUGGAUGCUCAGUGUCGUCCCACGACGGCAGAAAGAAAUACAAUCCGUGUCCAUCUUGGGUGAUCGAUGGCAACAGUCUUAAAGUCCGAUACAAGCACGCCUGGCCCAUGAAUCACGACCUUGAUGUCACGGGCGACGCUGGUACAUUUCAAGACCUUAUCAUGUGGGAUCAAAUGACGGACGAUGCUCGUAGAGCUCUCAACUCGGUUUCUUUCGGCAAGGCCAACACGCCCUUCAACGAUGGCAAAUUCCUUCCAACACUGGAAAGCGCUUGGGCUUUCUGA